AUGUCUAUUCUUACGAGGAAAGACGCAGAGUAUCUCAUUGCGUCAGGCCUACUCAGCCCAACCAGCAACGACGAUACACAAAUGAUUCAUAAACGACGGCUUAAUAGAUGGAGCGACGAAGAAUAUUCAGAUCUACCACUAGAUGCUUUUUCAUCCGCGACAUCCUCAACGCAAUUCUACAAUAUUCCAAAGGAUCUCAUAUCACUGGCCACUCUCAGGCAUCUUGGAUUCAAUAACGAAACGGCAGCAUACAUCUGGGGCCAAUGGGAGAAAAAGCGAGGAACCAUAACUUUGAUCGAUUUUGCUACCAACCACGUGAAAAAUAAACGAGUAAAAGACGCAUUCGAAGACCGCGAUCAAGAUUGGCAUGAUUUCAUGAACGACUGCGGAAUCAGUGUCGAAGUUCAAAAACACAUCAUGGAUCCUGUUUUUCAAGAUAUUCGCAUGUCGGAAUCUUGUCUAUUUUGGGUUACGGACACCAUGGAAUUGAGAUACCGUGGUCUAGAAGAAGUUAAAAAAACUUCGUAUUGGAGAGCAGCAACACUUGCUGCGCAACGAUCACGGCGAAAGGGUGCAAAAUAUGCAAAGAAUGAAGCAUUAACCAACGCCACCUCGAACUCAAUGUUAUGGAAUGCUACUACCUCAAAGGAUAAAGACAACCUGAAUUUUGUUACGAUAUAUAAAGGAAUCGACAGAGGUCGUGCCGAAGGGCUGCUUAACGAUGUCACUGGAGAAGUUAUAAACAUACAUCCACUGAUUUCAAACUCGCUAACGGGCUUCAAGAGCAACAUUCAGGGAUCAGCGUUAUACUUCACAGCUCAACAUGAUGUCGCAGUAAGCUACGCUUGCUAUAUAAAGCAUCGGGAUAACAUAAGUGGCAUUAUCAUCGUCAACAUUAAAAUGCCUCUGUAUGCGAUCAGGCUGUUGCCCAAACAGAGGCUCCAAGAGAUCUACUGGCCAAGCUCGCAAUGGAAGACGCUCGUGUACAACCUUCGGAGAAAUAAGGGGUUACCGAGUGAAGUGGGCAAGAGCCUCAGCAGCGCAUUGCUCAUCAUGGCGACCAUCUCCACCAAACCAAACCAAGCCUAUAGAAAACUGACUAGCCCCGAGCAAGUCACUAAGGAAUGCUGCCUUAAAGACGAAAAAGGAGAGCCUGCUAUACAGUAUGUGUUUCGCGGGGAGAAGGGCGUGGAUUUCAUCGAUAGACAUACUGUCGGAGGAAAGACUGCGCAUGGACUCACUAAUAGUGAAUAUGUUCAAUGGUGCCAAGACCGUCGCUAUGAAUCCGAAGAAGAACAUCUAUCAGACGAAUCCUUAGUAGACCUGGGAGACGAAAUGAACCGAAUGUAG